UUGUCAUGUCAAUUCCAAACUGAAAGCAAGAUCAGAUAAGCCAAAAACCAUCAUUCUCCUUAUUUACCCUCAGUAUUCAAAAUGAAAGUUAACGCUUUAUGUUGCUUCAAAUUCAAGCCCUUUAAUCCAUGCAAGAAAAUACUAAAGCUGUUCAAGUUCAAACUAAGAAAGCCCCUCUUUAUAAAAAGGCUUAGAUUUCGACCUUCAAGAUGUGAAAGCAAUAAAGACACUUGUAGUAGAAAACAAGCUUCAGAAGUUUUAUCAGUGUUUCGUUCAAUAAGAAGACAACCAAGAGAGGGGGACCAAGUCAUGGAGCUCAAGAAUUUCUGUGAUGCAGGACAUAUCAAAGCACCAAUGCCAUCACCAAUAACUCCAGCUUAUGUGAGAUUGAGUGGAGCUACUAAAAGAGAAGUACUAAUGAUUCAAAAUGAUGUGGAAGAUGCAUGCAGAAGUUUUGAGAAUUAUCUGGUUGAAAUGAUUGCUGAAGAGGGAAAAAUGAGUGAUUUAAUGGAUGUAGAAGAAUUGCUAUACUGUUGGAAAAAUCUGAAAAGUCCUGUCUUUAUUGACUUGGUGUGCAGAUUCUAUGGUGAGCUAUGCAAAGAUUUGUUUUCCAAUAUAAGCUGUGAGGAUGAAAUCAACACUCCAAAGAGACUCAUGAAAUGAAAUUGCUAAUUAUCUUAUAGUCUUGAGCAUUAUAUCUUUAUAUUUUACUGCUUUUUCUGUCUAUAAGACAUUGAAAUUUAUGUAGCAAUAACAGCAGCAUGAAAAUAUUUGAUGAGUCUUUGCACGCAAGUUGUAAACGAAGUCAUUAGGCCGAGGGUAUGUCUUGCUUAAGCAAAAUCAAGAUUGACACGUCAUGAAUAGGGCAGAGCUAGCACUUCGCUUCUGUUUCGGCCGAAUUUGUAUAGACUCUAUGUUUCUUUUGUGAAAUUCACGAAAUAUGUUUUAAUUAUUA